CUGCCCCUAGUGGGGAAUCUGGGGCAUGAAACUUCCUUUCUGGAAGCUCCGUUAGCGCCACUGCCACCUGCUUCUUCUGCCUGCUUCAGCUGUCCUCAGCCUCUGAGAGCAUCUUAGCCCCCAGCUAUAGGUUCAUAAGCCAGAAGAUGCAGGCCAGGAAGAGCUGAGGGAUGGACGAGAUGGUGACACCUCGCCAGAAGCUGCCGCCACCAGGCCUGUGGCUAGUGGAGAGAGGCACUGGUGACGUUUGAACACUACAGGGACAGCAGCCCAGAACCCCACAGACAGGGGCUAGGAUCCAGGAUGCUGGAAUGACACCUCUGGAGGCCCUAGCUUCCCUACUGCCCUGGCGCUAGGCGCCAUCCCCCAGGCUCCAACGGGGAGCCCUGCUGCCCAAGGGCAUGGCCAAACCUUUCUUCCGACUCCAGAAAUUUCUCCGCAGAACACAGUUCCUGCUUCUCUUCCUUACAGCUGCCUACCUGAUGACCGGCAGCCUACUGCUUCUGCAGCGGGCCCGAGUGGCCAUCCCACAGGGCCCUCGGGCACCUGGCAUCCUGCAGGCUUUGCCAGAGGCCACCUUGGCAUUGGGUGUGGGCCUUCUGGACAGCAGGCCACUGCAGGACUCCCACGUCAGCCCAGAUCUGGUGCUCGAUGUGGACACGCUGCGGAGCCCUCUGGCCCGGCAGCCACCUGGACUCCGCUGGCCCAGGAGGAACCGCAGCUCCCUGCGCCGCCGCUGGCUUCACCAUUUCACUAGUGACCCCCAGGGACAACCCACACUGGGCCCUGAGGCCCCUGGGCCAGCUGGCCAUAGCCAAGGCGCCUACCUCGGAUGCUUCAGUGAUGAGGGCCAGGAGAGAACUCUGAAGGGGGCAGUGUUUUACGACUUGAGAAAGAUGACUGUGUCACACUGUCAGGACGCAUGCGCUGAGUGGUCCUAUGUCUAUGCUGGCUUGGAGGCUGGUUCAGAGUGCUACUGUGGAAACAGGUUGCCAGCCACACGUGUCAGCCUGAAGGAGUGUAGCCAUGAGUGCAAGGGUGAGAAGGGCACCGCGUGCGGGGCCAUGGGCCGACUCUCUGUGUACAGUGUGGAGAUGCUGCAGCCAGGCUCCAGGAAACGGCGGACUGCCACCUACCGAGGGUGCUUCCAACUUCCAGAGAACAUCACUCACACCUUCUCCUCCUCCCUGACACAGGCCAACGUGACCGUGGAGACAUGCUCAGGAUUUUGCUCCCAGAAAGAGUUUCCCCUGGCCAUUCUCUGGGGUUGGGAGUGCCACUGUGCCUACCCCACCCCCCAGUUCAGCCUGCGGGAUGCUGUGGACAGUUCACUCUGUGGUCAAGCUGCAGAGGUUCAGAGGCUGCCGGGCUACUGUGAAGUCUACCAGACACCCAUUCAAGACACCCGGUGCACAGACAGAAGGUUCCUGCCCAACAAGUCCAAGGUGUUCGUGGCUUUGUCGAGUUUCCCAGGAGCUGGAAACACAUGGGCGAGACACCUCAUCGAGCACGCCACCGGCUUCUACACCGGGAGUUACUACUUUGACGGAACCCUGUACAACAAGGGGUUCAAGGGCGAGAAGGACCACUGGCGGAGCAGGCGUACCAUUUGUGUGAAGACUCAUGAGAGUGGCCGGAGGGAGAUCGAGAUGUUCGACUCGGCCAUCCUACUAAUCCGGAACCCCUACAGAUCUCUGAUGGCUGAAUUCAACAGGAAAUGUGCGGGGCACCUGGGCUAUGCACCUGACCGCAACUGGAAGAGCAAAGAAUGGCCAGACUUCGUGAACAGCUACGCCUCGUGGUGGUCCUCACACGUCCUGGACUGGCUCAAGUACGGGAAGCGGCUGCUGGUCGUGCACUACGAGGAGCUGCGGCGCAGCCUGGUGCCCACGCUGCGGGAGAUGGUGGCCUUCCUCAACGUGUCUGUGAGUGAGGAGCGGCUACUCUGCGUGGAGAACAACAAGGAGGGCAGCUUUCGGCGGCGUGGCCGGCAGCCUCACGACCCUGAGCCCUUCACCCCUGAGAUGAAGGACUUGAUCAAUGGCUACAUCCGGACAGUGGACCAGGCCCUGCGUGACCACAAUUGGGCUGGGCUCCCCAGGGAGUAUGUGCCCAGAUGAUAGACCCUGGUCUGGCUGCCUGCCUGCCCCAGCUAAGAUUGCCACAACAUGGGGCUACACACUGCUAUGAUGCACUAGCCUGUGGGCCCCCGGGACGCAUAGCUCCUGGCACACAGCAGGGGCUCUGCUCAGGUGGAGGGAGACAACAGACACAUGUCACAGGCCAGACAUAAAUGGAUGUGCUCCUAGUCAGACCCUCACACAUCCCCAGACACACUUAGUCAUUCCUCUGUGCUCACAGUGUCCAUUUUGGUGUGCCUAAACCACCUGAGCAGGGGUGCCAGACAGACACAAGUAUCAAGAUGUCCUCAGAUGCCGGCUGACUGCCUCACAUAUGCACACAUGUCCUGGCUCUGUGAAGCUGUGGACUUCCUGCACCCAACCUCAGCAUAGGUUUGCUUGCUGGGGUCUUUGGCUCUGGAAUGCCAGGCUGGACUGGCAAACACGCUCCAAGCAGCAGGACUGUGGGGAUGGAGGUGGGCAGACAGACAGUUGCUGAUGGGCAUAAGGCCCUGACUGCGUGUCUGACAACCUAUAAAUGUGUGCCAUGACCACCUGGCACUGCAGAUGCUGUGGCCUUGCCUCUCUCUUCUCCGUGGACAAGAGCUGGCAGCACUGUGGCAGCAUGGCCCAGCAGUAUACACACUGACCUCAGGAUGGCUACUCUACUUUGCAUAGCCAUGUGAUCCCUUCUAAAUCAUGACAUCAGGGCUGCUUGCUUCCUCCUCAGACUGGGAAGCUGGGGAGUCACACCCUGUCCCAGAAACAAGAGUGCGAGGACCAGGGGAUGGGGUGGGAGCUGAGCCUUGGGGGGAGCUCUGGACCUGAGGGAGUCCAUAUGCCAACAGGAGGGAGUCCAAUAGGUCUGGAGACCCUAGAGGAGUGUGUCUUCAGGGCCACUGGGACUGAUUGUCUCACACAUUGUGGCUCCUAUUCUGUAGGGUCCCACACUGGGGUCUUAAAGUCCUAUGUAAGCCAAGAGCAGCCCUUGCGAGAUAGAUGGAGAAAGGUUGGGAGCUUAGGGUCAUUCUUAACUACCUAGCAAUCUCAAGGCCAGCCUGGACUACAUGAGACCCUGUCUCAAAAUAAACAAGUGCUACAUGA